GCACUGGAUUCAUAUCCCCAUCUUACCCAUCUUGCCAUCUUGAGGACGGUGGGGUCAAGCUGCCCGGGCUGAACCACACAGAUAGACAGACGGCCUCCCCUCUCCCUCCUCCUUACCGCACCCACCCACCUCGCAACUCCUGCUCGCGAUGACUACCCCUCUCGCCGACAUCUCCGCCGACGACAUCCACAUCCGUCUCGCCACCCCAAAAGACAUCGACCACAUCGUCGCAGUUGCCUCCAGCACCUUCAUCGACACCUUCGGCCCGCCCAUCAACCCCGCCACAGAGACCCUCUCCUACCUCUCCACAAAACUCACCCGCGCCCAACUCCUCACCGAGCUCGCCCACCCGCACUCCACCUUCUGGAUCGCCCUCACGCCCACCCACCUCUGCGCGGGAUACGCGAAAGCGAAUAUCCUUGACGCGCAGACGGAGGAGCAGUUCCAUGGGCAGCAGGACACGGCUGAGGUGGAGCGGUUAUAUGUGGAUAAGAUGUUCUUGGGGAAGCGGUUGGGGAAACGGUUGAUGGAUACGAUUGUUGAGCAUGUGAAGGCCCAGGGGAGGACGAAGCUGUGGCUGGGCGUGUGGGAGAAGAAUGAGCGGGCAUUGGCGUUUUAUGAGAAGGCCGGGUUUGAGAGGAUUGGGGAGCAUGUGUUUUUGUUUGGGGAGGAUCCGCAGACGGAUUUUAUUUUGCAGAAGGGGAUUUGACUUUCCAUGGCGGUACGGUCGAUGAGAUGAAGGACUCUAGAUCUACAUAGACCCGGGAGGGAGGCGCUUAUGCGAGCGAGGUUGCGGAACUUUUGGGGAAAGAGGAUAAGCGGCCGAGACGGCACAGGGAUCCUUGACAGAAGCGAUGUGCGAACC